AACGUAUAUAAGACAUUUCUGCCGCAGUUUCUUUCUUUGGAAUAAUGUCGGCUGAAUAUGAUAAUAGAGACAAUGGCCCAGAGGGCAUGGAGCCAGAUGGGAUCAUUGAGAGCAACUGGAACCAGAUCGUGGACAGUUUUGAUGAAAUGAACCUGCGUGAGACACUGCUCAGGGGAAUUUAUGCCUAUGGUUUUGAGAAGCCUUCUGCUAUUCAGCAAAGAGCCAUUAUCCCUUGUAUCAAGGGUUAUGAUGUGAUCGCUCAGGCUCAGUCUGGCACUGGGAAGACUGCCACCUUUGCUAUUUCCAUCCUUCAGCAGAUUGAUGUGGAGCUGAAAGGCACUCAGGCUCUGGUCCUUGCUCCAACUAGGGAGCUGGCUCAGCAGAUCCAGAAGGUGGUUCUGGCCCUUGGCGACUACAUGGGAGCCAGUUGCUAUGCCUGUAUUGGAGGGACCAACAUCCGCAGUGAAGUCCAAAAGCUGCAGGCUGAAUCCCCUCACAUUGUGGUGGGAACCCCUGGCCGUGUCUUUGACAUGUUAACUCGAAAAAACCUGUCUUCUAAGUACAUCAAAAUGUUCGUACUGGAUGAAGCUGAUGAGAUGCUUAGUCGAGGAUUCAAGGACCAGAUCUACGAGAUCUUCCAGAAACUGUCAAGCAGCACACAGGUUGUCCUACUGUCAGCCACCAUGCCAGCUGACGUUUUGGAGGUCACAAAGAAAUUUAUGCGUGAACCUGUUCGAAUCCUUGUAAAGAAGGAGGAGCUGACCCUUGAAGGCAUCCGCCAGUUCUACAUCAAUGUGGAAAAAGAGGAAUGGAAGCUGGACACAUUGUGUGACCUGUAUGAAACGCUUACCAUCACACAAGCUGUCAUCUUCAUCAACACAAGGAGGAAAGUAGACUGGCUUACUGAGAAGAUGCAUGCCAGAGACUUCACUGUUUCUGCUCUGCAUGGUGACAUGGACCAGAAAGAAAGAGACUUGAUCAUGAGGGAGUUCCGCUCUGGCUCCAGUCGGGUCCUUAUUACCACUGACCUGCUGGCCAGAGGUAUUGAUGUUCAGCAGGUGUCCCUAGUCAUCAACUACGACCUGCCGACCAAUAGGGAAAACUACAUCCACAGGAUUGGCCGGGGUGGUCGUUUUGGAAGAAAGGGAGUAGCCAUUAACAUGGUGACUGAGGAUGACAAGCGAACCCUGAGGGACAUUGAGACAUUCUACAACACCACCAUUGAGGAGAUGCCUAUGAAUGUGGCUGAUCUUAUCUAGAAGACUCCACAUGCCCUUUGUCCACUCAAACUGCUUAUUUUAGAAGUAAAAUCUUAUUUCUUAUAUGAUCUCAAUUCUAAAAACUUCCUUUUGCUAAAUUGCACCAUGACUUUACAUCCAAGCAUUUCCAGUACUUUCUGUCCAUCUUGGAAGGAUACCUUACUGAACUGCUUCAUCUGUCUGCCAUAGUCCUUUGUAUCAUAUCAGCAUCUAAAUCUACCCAGCAGCUAAUUCUUUUCCAAACCAUACCCACAUUUCCAAGAGCACAUUUUUAAAAGUACAAAGAUGAUGAUUCCUGCUGUUAUUUUACAAUAUAUCAAUUACCUAACUCAGCUGAUACAAUGCUAACACAGUGAUUGCAGCUUUUGUGAAAUGUGGCAGUGAUUUGCACAGCAAGUGCUGCACUGUUGGUUAACUUAAAGAUGAGUGGUUUGCACUGCAUUUCAGUUUGGCCUCAACAUAACCAUGUUCUAAAUUCAAUGGAAAGUGCAGCGCUUGACCAGAUUAGUAUUUAAACAGCCUUCAGUGUACUUAAACUGACUUCAACACACAUCCGUGAUCAUGUUAAGAACAGCAGUUUUGGGGUCUAGAGUUUACAGGGCAUAUUCAAUAAAGACCUGUAUAGUAAAAUCCAUCAUGAAUGAGUGGCUUACCAUUUUGAUCCUUAUACUGCUGUUUCUUAUAUGCUUUUAUGGCUGUUGUACUUUCUUAUUUACUUGUACAGUCAUUUGUGCAGUAGCAUUCAGUUGAAGACUGACUGACCACAGUCAUUUGGAGACGAGAACAACGGUGAGUUCUGUGGAGACUUGGCCUCCUGACCCAGGUGUUCUGGUGGGAUUUUAAUCUCCAAGUCUUUGACAUUAUUGUUCAUUUAGAUUUUAUUUUUAAAGAAAAUACUGAGUUUUUGACAAGGUGGCGGUCACAUUUUGUAACCUACCAUCACAAUGUUGGGGGAGGUGUUGGUAUCUGACAUGAAGGGACCAAAUUACAUAUGAUUACGUAUAUAGAGAUUAUGCCCCCUCUCCAUGCCACCAAAACUCUUUCUAAGCUCUCAUUUUAAAAUGCUUGUCAUCAUGGGGUGUUUGGUAUCAGUGCUAUUUUUUAAAUGAAUUUAUGAAUUGUUAACCUUUUUGAGACAGAAGCAGUGUAUCAAGUUUUCUACAUUGGAUUCUGUAUAGUAUUUAUUUUAAUGGUCUUUAAAAAACAAAAAUAAAGGUUUCUCCUUUUUAACAGUGUAAA